GCUCCCAGCAGGGAAACGCGGCCGGGAGGGGCUGGUGGGAGCAGCAACCUGCAGAAGGAGGCUGCCCCGGUCCGCGCGCUCAGCGCUGGGGCCACGCCCAGAAGUUAUAUUUUAACUUCCUGGUUGAUUUCCCUUCGCACGCAAGUAUGAGCCAUGAUAAAAGGGAUCGGCCAUUUGAAAAGAAGCCUGUGUGCCACCAGGAUGCCUAUGAAGUGGAUUUCAGUUCUGCUGCUGCUACAGCUGAGUGGUCACUUCAGCCCUGGGAGUUGUGGAAAGGUGCUGGUGUGGCCCACAGAAUACAGCCAUUGGAUCAACAUGAAGACCAUCCUGGAUGCACUUGUCCAGAGAGGUCAUGAAGUGACUGUUCUGACAUCUUCAGCUUCAAUUCUUGUUGAUCCCAAUAAACCAUCUGCUAUUCAAUUUGAGAUUUUUCCUACAUCUUUAACAAAAGAUGAUUUUGAGGAUAUUCUCAUGCGGCUGACCUCUAAGUGGACAUAUAUGCCAAAAUAUACAUUUUGGACUUAUUUUUCACUAAUUCAAGAUAACAUUUUGGAAUAUUUUGAUUGUAUUCAAAAGCUCUGUAAAGAUGCUGUUUUGAACAAGAACCUUAUGAGAAAACUACAGGAAUCAAGGUUUGAUGUUGUUCUUGCAGAUCCCUCUGGACCCUGUGGUGAGCUGCUGGCUGAGCUACUUAAAAUACCUUUUGUGUACAGUCUCCGCUUCUCUUUUGGCUAUACAAUUGAAAAGUACAGUGGAGGACUUCCAUUCCCUCCAUCCUACGUACCUAUUGUCUUAUCAGAAUUAAGUGAUCAAAUGACAUUCAUGGAGCGAGUAAAAAAUAUGAUGUAUGUGCUUUAUUUUGACUUCUGGUUCCAAGCAUUUAGUGAGAAGUGGGAUCAGCUUUACAGCGAAGCACUAGGUAAGUCAUGUCCUUACUUGGUAGCAUGAAAUCCUAACUUUGUUAGUGCUCUA